AUGGAUGCAGCCGACCGACCUUCGGCACCAAAUGCGCUGCCGCAACUCACCAAGGUUCCGAUCGCUCAGUUGUCACCUACCCUUGAGCAGAGCGAGGGAAAAUGCAUCGAGGCAGCUGUAACCCUCGUAUGGCCCUACUCGUCUUCAACAAAAUCCUUUAGUCUAUUGCUGGCUGAGCCCGACUUUCGCCUACGACGUUCGCAUGGUCAAGUGAAGACGAUAUUUCAUGGGCGCGCCGCGGAGAAGCUCGCAGCAUCGCACGUCGGUAUCGGUGACAGUGUCCGUGUCGCGUUGAAAGGCUCAAACUACGUUGCGAAUGACACGGCGACACAAACACCUGGGAGAUAUGUCGCGUGGGAUGUACACUUCGAAUCUGAGCUGUCACUAGAGGUCAACCGAUCGUCGAAAGAUUCGCUUGCGAUAUUCAUUGAGGAACAAUCAUUUUCACCCCAUGAUUCCGAGCAAGUUCCGCCCUCCACUCCUCGUGUCACUUCUAUAGACCCCGAAAGCACAACGGUCGUUGGACAAACAUCAUGGGAUUCACCAGCGUUUUUGCGCCCCAGGUCAAACCAGUUUGGGGGUGUGCUCCAUGCCUCUCUUAACACGUCUGCGGAGGAAGACGGAUUCGUGCCGGGUAAGGGAAGAAAACGGCCGAGGUACAGCUUGAAACGGGAUGAUUGGCAUCUUGUGGAGGAUCCCAUGAGCCCACAAGAGAAGGACGAGCCCGGGUUGGACUGGUGGGAAAAAGACUCAUGGGAAAAAAUGUCGGAAGAGAACGCAGAUGGUGAACAGGAGCCCGAGCAUGUCGCAAGUGUUGGGGAUGAUACUCAGAUCUCAAAUCCCGAUGUGGAUGCCAUGGAUCACACCAGCUCCGCACACGCGUCUCGUGAGCCUUCUCCUGUCUUCAUAAAACCCUCGAUGGAUAUUUCUGGGGGCAUUUUUGGAAGACAACCUUUACAAUCAAACAAUACGAAUACGCCGUCCGGACCAAUAGCACCCUCUUUUCAAGAUCGCUUAAUCCCAGCAUCCCAUUGUGCUACAGAUACCCCACAACUUCGACCAAUACCUUCACCAGGACUUCCGAUUCCAUCUCCUAUUGUCUCAAAUUCAAAUUAUUCCGAGGGAUAUUUCUCGGGCGUACAUCUUCCUUCACAAACGUUGAACGGUGACAGCGUAGCUUUGGAGGCUGAUGCUAGUGUCGCUUUUCCCGAACUCAUCUCAGUCACUAGCAUACCACCUACAACCCCCUCAAAAGAAACCUCUAUAAUAUCUGAAGUUGCAGAGGAAACCUAUCAAAACAAUGCAAGCACCUUCGCAGGAGCUGACCUGAUAACUGGCCAGUCUACAUCACCCUUUACGCAGACUAUCGAGUCGACAAGUAUCAGUGGUGGUUUGCUACCGUCCCAGCCUGGAAUAAUCAUUUCGUCAGAAGAUGUCAGAGAUGCAACGAUUGAAACUCCUUUUGGCUUUGAAUCUGUUGAAGAACAGCAUGCAUCAUUCACGGAUGACCAGACGGAAAUCCAGCGGAUGGGAUUGCAUGUUGCUCAAGAACAAAUGGGAUUUGAACAGGAGUCAUAUAUGGAGUACAGGGAAUAUACCCAGCCCAGCUCAGCAUCAGGUGUUGAGGCUGGUCCCGAGGACUAUGAAACUUGCGAAAACCCGGACAUCGCACUAUCUACGCACAAUGCCGUAGACACAGAAGUGCAUGGAGAGUCACAUGAAGUGCCAGCCCCUGAGAGCGGCGAUGAAAAAUAUUAUGACGAUGAUGAUGACGAUUUUUCGGAUGCAUCUCAAGUUCCACAACCCCAUGUCGCACCCGGCUCCAAUGUCAGUGACAACGAAAGUCUUGAAUCUGAGGACGAAUCCAUCGACUACGAAGAAGAUGAGCGCAUGGCGACAAAUUUCGAUAGUCGCGAUGACGAUGACGAAGAUCAAUGGGACGGAUUUUCAGAUGAUCAGUCCGAGGCUGAGGAAUUACCAAAGCCACCGCCCGCGCAACCCGAAGUUAUUGUUCUGGAUAGUGACAGUGAAGAUGAACUUACUUCUGACCAGCCGAUGAUUCCUCAAUCUAUGCAUGCGGAUCAUAAAAAACAUCAAUAUUCGCCUCCACAAUCGCAAUCCGAAGAUCAAGAAUGGGGUUCAGGUGAAGAACACGUUGACUCGGAGUCAGACGCUGAAGAUGACGACGAGGAUGAAGAGGAUGGCCAUGAUAGGUCCACGAACAUGAAUCUAAAUGAAAGAGUACACGAGAGUGAUAAGGAGGAUGAAUCGUCGGUAGAUGUGCUGGCCCGAGAUCACAAUAUUGAACAACCUUGGAGCCAAGGAACUUCUGUAUAUGGUGAUCAUGAUGAAAGGGAUGCACAGUAUACGGGAUCCGUGGCAAUUUCAUCCAAAGGAUAUCAGUCCGAUGAUGUUAUCCACAGCAGUGUUAACACCGGAUCGGUCAUCGACCUUGAUUCUGAUUCUGAUGAGCAAGCUAGUCAAGCUGAUCCAUCUACUUUUCCUCGAGAGGAUUCAGCGCCAGCCAGUCGGAUCGAGAAGGCUUGGUCCACCAAAAUUAUCCAUACAUUAGACGGGGCAGGCGAUCACGAUUUAGAUGAAACAGCAUCGCCCAUGAGCGUGGAAGAAGAGACUAUCCAGAAAGACAUAAGAACCACCCUAGUGAAUUCCGCUGAUCAUCAAAUUUCAACACCUGGGCCUACUCAAGAAUUUGUCACCGGAUCCCGAAAUGCUGUGAACAACGAGGAGAACGAGGCUAUUCACAGCGAAGUUGUUGAAGAUGUUGAAAACAUCCAGGAAUCUUCCACCGACCCAAAUGCCCCUUCUACCUCGGAAGCUGAUGCUGUAUCAAUCGAUAUGCAUGUUCUCACAGAUGCCCAAGUCGUCUCAUCGCAUCAGGAACAUACGUCUAUGUCAACGGACGCUCUAGAGCCUCUUCCGAAUGAAAGCCAUGCAGGUGACAUCUUCGUUGUAGUACCCACCACCACUACUCGACCUGAUGAACAACCCGAGGCACCACAAGAUCACCCGCUAGGAGUCCCGAAGGUCAUCGUUACCCAACUACCCGUGCCUGAUCGUCAUGCACAUGGGCUGCGCAGCAAAUUGUCAUACUUCGCUCCCCUUGCCACUCUUGUCGACCACUACGGAUCCCAAAUAGAUACCCUUUCAGUUGUCCAUGAAACGUCCCCAAUUGUCAAAGCGACUGCUGGCUCAAAGGACUAUUUCAUGACGAUUCAACUUACCGACCCAUCCAUGGCUGGUACUCUCCUCCAAGCCCAGAUCUUUCGACGGUACAAGUCUGCAAUGCCAACGCUGGUCGAAGGGAGCGCAGUCUUGCUCCGAAAUUUCAAGGUCCACAGCUAUGAUCAUUCUAUCAUGCUAGUUAGCGUUGAAUCCAGCUCGUGGGCUGUCUUCGAUGGAUCUGGGCCUGAAGCACAAGUGAAUGGUCCACCUGUUGAAUACAACUCAGAAGAACGAGCGUAUGCAACUGGCUUGCGAAAUUGGUAUGCCGAAAUUGGUACGCAUAUGGUUGCCGAUCACCAACUCCAAACAUCUAUCCAGGAAGACGAUAUGGAUAGAGAGGGCAGUGCCGUAUUGAGCGAAACUGGAAGCAUGGACUCAAUGUCUCGUGAUCCGACAUCCUCGGCCAGGGGCUCGCGACGUCGCAAGAGCUACCGACGGGUUACCAUCCAUGAACUGCGAGAUGGUCGACGCUACACCGAGGUUGGGUCACCGAGCACCAAAGAAAGCAUUCAUGAGUUACGUGACGGUACAGUCUAUGCUAAUCUGUGA